CCAGUUCGAACGCUUCGGCUCGGUCUUACGGGUUUAGUCUUGAACGGCGGAUUGUUGCCGUGGCUGUGUGAUCCACCGGGGACCCCAGAGAUAGAUCCCACGCCAACGCAGUCCUUAUCAAUUGGCGAGCGAAUUGCCUGACCGUGAUCUGGCGUCAUGCACCACUACUACCGGCCGUGUCUCCUCUAGUAAGGACGACCACGAGGACGUUUGGGGUGAAAACGAGAAGCGCCCCAAUUCGAAGGGAGAUCCUUGGCGCUUAUUUCCCGCGGGCUGACAUCCGCGUGAUAGGGUUCACGGUCGAGAGCACGUCGCUCCCGGGAAACCAGCUUGCGAUCAGAUGCCGCACGCCGGCAAUCCAACGUCAGCUGUAGCCGCGAAGAGAAGGCGGAGGCUGCAACCGGUCACCCUUCAAAAAUGGUGGCUGUGGUGGUUACUGCUACCAGGAUGUUUGGCAUCGUGGACGCGAUACAUCGAGGAGUACGACUCUAUUAGAGUGGCCAGAUGCGAUGCUCGAUGCGGGGAGAAUUAUCCCGACGAGUGCGUAGAAAAUUGCCUGGCAUCGAAUUAUACGAAACCUGGUUAUUGCCCUGAGAGGACGUCCAUGACGCCCUUUGAAGCUGUCUGUUUGGUAGCUUGCAUCGAUGACUCCCGUUGUCCGGAUUUGGCGAAGUGUUGCUCCCACGAUUGUGGCAUCACGUGCAUGCAUCCCGUCGGUCUGGACAGUCGAAAUGAUCUGCCAGCUAUACCGGAGAAUCUACAGAUACAACAGCAGAAGAGAAACUUGGUGCUUCUAACGUGGCGUAAUGGCAGGCUAGGCGUCAAUAAUGUAUCUACCAACGAGAAUGACAACACGAUUCGAUAUUUAGUGGAAGAGCGUCACCUUGUUGGGCCUAGAUACUUGGAGUCCAGGCUAAGUUCCUGGACCGUUUGCCACGUAUCGACGAAGCCACACGCAACUCUUCGGGGUCGAUUGAAGACCGGACACUGGUAUCAAUUCCGUGUGGCGGCCGUCAAUGGAAAUGGAUCGCGUGGAUAUUCGCAACCCUCCAGACCCUUUAAAACGAAAGAGCCGCGAAAUCCAAAGGAACCCCAAAAUUUGACCUUGUCUAAUGCUCGAUUAGUCGGUGGAAAGCUGCGUAUUAACUUGCGAUGGGUUAAACCGGCGUCGGAUGUGCCGAUAUCAUUCUACAAGGUGUUUUGGAGCAGACUCAUUUAUGGACCAACGAACGACUCCAUUCUCGUCUACCACAAGACAAUUCUUAAAGACAAGACAUGCUACGAACUGAAGAACCUGGAGCUCAAGUGUCAGUACUUCCUGCAAGUGCAGGCGGUAGCAGUUUACGGUGGUCGACGUCUGACGUCGCGCAAGGCAUCCAAGGUCUUCAACAGCACUGACUACAUGGCAUACGCCGACGUCGGGAGACGUUCUCGCAGGUGCGAGCGGACCCAGGCUGGCCUCCACGUGCGUCGCAUGAACUGUCAGUGCGGGGAGGUCAACGCGCGUUUGGUCUGGCCGACGAGCGGCGAAGUUGGCACCUAUAAUGUCACGUGGCAAGAGGACUCGUGCUCGCGCGAGAAAGGUUCGGAACGUCGACGGAAAUUUGCUGCUUGGAAAACGGUUCAGACAUCGUACUAUGAUCUGCGACAACUUCGAAACAACUGUAUGUAUAGCGCGACUGUGCGAAACGUAUUAAAAAACGGCGAGAGCGACGAUCAUGGGACCAGUAUAGAGUUCUUCGCGACCGGAUGUCAGGGUGAUCAGAAGCGACAGAAGUAUUCGCGGCGGAAAGCAGGACGAUGUAAGUCGAAAUCUUCUAGAUCAAGAAGGCAAUUCUCCGGUCUAUUUGUGAUAUAAAUUUGCUGACCGCGGCAGCGGUAUGUAGGACAGACAAACUAUAAUUGUAAUAUUCAUAAUAUAUGAAUAUUCUAAUAAUAAUCUUUAU